AUGGCCAACCAGAGCUUCGGCAUGGACGGGCCCGGCAGCUUGCUGGCGGUGCUGGCCUCGCAGAGCGGACUGGCCCGAGGAGGCGGCGGCGGCGGCGGCGGCGGCGUCGGCGGCGGAGGAGGAGGAGGAGGAGGACUCUCGGCCUCAGACGUGUCGGCGUACUUCAAACUGAUCUUCUUGGGCUUGAUCAUCUGCGUCAGCCUGGCGGGCAACCUCCUGGUCUCCCUGCUGGUCCUGCGAGACCGGGCGCUCCACAAGGCGCCGUACUUCUUCCUGCUGGACCUGUGCCUGGCCGACGCGGUGCGCUCGGCCGCCUGCUUUCCCUUCGUGCUGGUGUCGGUGCACAACGGCUCGGCGUGGACUUACAGCGCCCUGAGCUGCAAAGUGGUGGCGUUCAUGGCCGUGCUCUUCUGUUUCCACGCUGCCUUCAUGCUCUUCUGCGUGGCCGUCACCCGCUACCUCGCCAUCGCCCACCACAGGUUCUACGCCAAGCGCAUGACCAUCUGGACCUGCGCCGCCAUCAUUUGCAUGGUCUGGACUUUGGCGGUGGCCAUGGCUUUCCCGCCCGUCUUCAACGUGGGGACGUACAAGUUCAUCCGGGACGAGGAUCAGUGCAUUUUUGAACACCGCUACCUGAAGACCAACGACACCCUGGGCUUCAUGCUCAUGCUCGCCGUGGUGGUCCUGGCCACGCACGGCUUCUACGCCAAGCUGCUGCUCUUCGAGUACAGGCACCGCAAGAUGAAACCGGUCCAGCUGGUGCCGGCCAUCAGCCAGAACUGGACCUUCCACGGUCCCGGCGCCACCGGUCAGGCGGCGGCGAACUGGAUCGCGGGGUUCGGCCGAGGCCCCAUGCCGCCCACUCUGCUGGGCAUCCGGCAAAACCUCCACAAUCAACACCGGCGGCUGCUGGGGAUGGACGAGGUGCGGUCCGAGAGGAGACUGGGCCGCAUGUUCUACACCGUCACCCUGCUCUUCCUGGUGCUGUGGGCCCCCUACAUCGUGGCGUGCUUCUGGAGGGUCUUCGUCAAGUCCUGCAGCAUCCCCCAGAAGUACCUCUCGGUCACCGUGUGGAUGAGCUUCGCCCAGGCCGGCGUCAACCCCAUCUUCUGUCUCCUGCUCAACGAGGAUCUGAGAAAAGUGCUGCGAGCCCACCUGCCCACCUACUGGAGGACUAAGCAACACCUGCCCCAGGAUGAGGCCUACUGCAUCAUGUGA